GUCCCUGCCCAUGGCAGGGGGUGUGGCAAGAUGAUUUUUAAGGUCACUUCUACCCAGACAAUCUGUGAUACUGUGACUUUCAUCCAAUCUCCAGCGAAUCCAGUGGACUAUAAUGAAUUUUGAAGUUGACUCUACUUUAAGGCAAUCUUUUUCACUAGGCUGUAUGUACUUGUCUUCAAAGAACCCUCACUAUCAGGAUUAAGAAUUGUUAACUGAACAUUCAUGAUCCAUUAGAGUUCUGUAAUUUUUGAAUAAACAGUCUUUUCAGUGCUUUAUUUUUGCAUGGGAUUAUCUUACAUAUAAUUUUUGAAGUCCAGACAUAUCAGCAGCUUUUCUUGAGUUUUUAAUGGGAAUUAAAAGCUAAGUAAACUGGGAAUGAGUUAGAAGUUUUUACUUGCAUCCUAAUAGUGAUCUCAUUUUGAGUCUUAACUACAGCAUAUCACAGAACUUAAUGUCAUUUGGAUAAAGCAAUUCUAUGUUUUACAUGGUUUGGGGGAAAAUAGUGAAUUACAUGCUCUAAGGAUGGGCUCCUGAAGUAUCUGUCUGCAUUUCUUUCUGGAACUUUGUUCAUUUGGUUUAGUGUGUAUGCUUUAACUUCAUUUACAGCAUCAACUAAAGGCCAUUUAAAGAAAAAGAUGGGACUUGACAGACUAUUAAUGCUGCCUUGCUGAUCUUCUAGGUCUGUAAACUCAUUACUAACCUGUAAUAUCUUAGUGUUUUGAAAGCAUUUUUAAAAUAAAAAAGCUUCUGUAAAUUAUCUUGGCAAACUUUGUCAUAAUUGCUCAUUGCGUUUGAGUUUGCAAAAAUAGCUUUGUUUAUGAUGUGGUAUUUUUAAUGGCAUAUUUCACUGUUUCCAUUUAAACUUGGAAGUGACAUCUUUGUUUUUCCCCUUUAAAGAGCAGUAUAAUCCAGAUGUCUGUCAAAAGAGUUGUUGAUGUAGCAUUUUAUGAGUAAUCCUUAUGUUUGAGGUUUUUGUUUUGUCAGAACUGUUUGCCAAGCUCUUAUGAAGCUCCCCAUGAAUAUUAUUGAUGUAUAUUUCCUUUUAAAGAAGUGAUUAUCCAGGCAGGAAUAUAAACUCAACAGCCAGUUCUAAACCACAAAUGUUUUCUCAAAAGUUAUGUGAUGUCACAGGAGGAGUUAAUUUGUUGAUGCAAUGGAACAAGGGGAAUACUGAGUGAAUAUUAUUCUCCCCUUCCCUCUCCACUUAUUAACCCUUUGAAACACAGGCUAGCAUUUGAGUCUGGAGGACUUCAACUAUUGCACAGUGACCUCAGGGGUUAGUGUAUGUCUAAAUCUUUGAAGAGGUGUUCAUAGAUCCCAGCCUGUUUUCUGAGGGAGGAGUGGGAUUGUGAGAAACUGAGUAAAACAUACCAAGUAGCCUUAGUUAUCUAGCAUUUAUAAUUUCAAACCUAGAGCUGAUGGUACAGUGAUGCUCCCAUUUGUUGCUGCUAAAAAGUUUUCUGUAAAUAUUUGAACGUUAUGUGUGUGCAGACAUCCUUCUCUAGUCACUUUUUCUCAGGUAGUUCCUUUGUUUAGGUGGCUGUGGCUUAUAUUCUUUGGACCUUAGUGAGGACUGGCAGCAUUGCCAGGCUUUCCCCAAGCAUUUCAGAAUCCUUAUGGCUUGCAAAUGGCCUGGGAUCUGCAGACCUCACAGCAUUUUAGCUCGCAAAUUAGUAGUUGGCUGGCUGUCGAGGAAAAAAGAGAGCUCUAAAUUCUGUAAUAAAUAAUAUAUUAGGGUAAACAUAACAGUAGUAUUCUGCAGACAUCUACAUACAUCAACAGUGGUGCAGAGCAGUCGCUCCUUUCUAUAAAGUCAGGUGGGGCUGUGAAAAUGGAUGCAUCCUUCAUUUCCAACUCUGUGUUUUAUUUUUUCUAUGCUAGCCUGCAACUCUUGGCUGCAGCCCUGCCGAACUUCAGAGCCUGUGUAGCUUCUUGUGGGAUCUGUAAUUACUCCCUCCUCAGACCACUUGCUUGGCUUCUGGCAACAGUAGGACAGCAGGUCACACCAGGCAUUAAUUAUAGAGCUUUUCAUGGUAAUCUGGCUUACCAGAAGUCUUCUGCUAAAUGCAAGGGUUUGCUGUCCUGUUUACUGACUGUUACACCUGAGGCUGAUUUUGAUACAGAUUGUGGAUAUCGCAGGGCAGGCUCUCGAGUUCCCCCUGAGACGCCGCUGCCCUCCACCGAGAUGUCACGGCACCACAGCCGGUUUGAGAGAGAUUACCGUGCGGGCUGGGAGCGCCGGGACUGGAGCUCCAACGGGACCCCCGUGGGCAGCACCAGCUGCAGCAGUGCCAGCACCACCAGCAGCUCCCGGCCCGGGCUGCUGCCCCUGCCCAUCGUCCCCACGCGCCUCCCCGCCCCGGCCACCGCCGCCUGCACCACCGGCAACAGCGAUGUCAUCACCAGCCUGGUGGCCAACUCCUCCCCAGCUUCCAGUACCAAAACACCUUGCAUUUCCAAGACUGAAAAUCAGCCUCAAGGACUUGCAACAAGCGUCAGGUGGGGACAGACACCCAUCAAUCAGUCCACGCCCUGGGACACUGAUGAGCCUCCAUCUAAACAGAUGAGGGAGAAUGAAAACCCAGGUGCAGCGCCCUGGGUCACCACGGUGGCAGCGGGCAGCCAGCCCGCCCUCAUCACGCACUCCUACGGGAUGACACAGCCGCCCACCUUCAGCCCGGCCGCCAACGUCCAGGCCCCGGUCAUCGGCGUCACACCCUCCCUCCCGCCGCACGUCACCCCCCAGCUCCCGCUGAUGCCAGGCCACUACCAGCUCCAGCCGCAGCCCUCCCAGCCCCUCAGCAGCAUGGUGGUCAACCUCCAGAGCCAGCCCUUGUACACCAACAGCCAGCCCCUCAGCAUGUCCUCCAUGAGCGGCGUGGGCCCGGUGGCCCACCCAGGCCCCGCGGCGGUGGGCAAUGGCCACCUGGCCUGCCCCAUGCUGCCGCCGCCGCCGCCGGCCCUGCCCUCGGCCGCCCUGCCCAGCAGCGCGCCCGCCACCAACGGGCAGGCGGCUGCCCCGCUGCCCCCCAACGCGGCCGCGGCGGGCGGCCCGGACAACACCAACGGGGUGCAGAUGCUGCGGACGAUCGGCGUGGGGAAGUACGAGUUCACGGAUCCCUGGCACCCCAAAGAAAUGUUGAAGGAGUUGAACCAGCAACGCAGAGCGAAAGAGUUUACAGACCUGAAAAUUAUUGUUGAAGGCAAAGAGUUUGAAGUCCACCAAAAUGUUCUAGCUUCCUGCAGCUUGUAUUUCAAGGACCUGAUUAAAAGGUCACCACGAGACAGCAGCAGAAGCGGGGAGAAGCUGGAACUGGCCAUGUCCAACCUCACUGCGGAUGUCCUGGAGUUACUCCUGGAGUUUGUUUAUACAGGUUCUUUAAUCAUAGAUUCAGCCAAUGCAAAAACACUACUGGAAGCUGCCAGCAAGUUCCAGUUUCAUACUUUCUGUAAAGUCUGCGUUUCAUUUCUAGAGAAACAGCUGACUGCUAGCAACUGCUUAGGAAUAUUAGCCAUGGCUGAAGCCAUGCAGUGCACUGAACUAUACAACAUGGCCAAAGCUUAUGCCCUGCAAAUUUUCCCAGAGGUGGCAAACCAAGAAGAGAUCCUUAAUAUCUCAAAAGACGACUUCAUUUCUUACAUGUCCAAUGACAGCCUGAACACCAAAGCAGAGGAGCUGGUGUAUGAAACAGUGAUAAAGUGGAUUAAGAAGGACGCUGCAAUCAGAGCUCAGUAUGCUGCAGAGCUGCUGGCAGUGGUGAGGCUCCCCUUCAUCCAUCCCAGCUAUCUGCUGAAUGUUGUUGACAAUGAGGAGUUGAUAAAGUCUUCAGAGGCUUGCCGGGAUCUGGUGAACGAAGCCAAACGUUAUCACAUGCUGCCACACGCCCGCCAGGAGAUGCAGACACCGAGGACCCGGCCCAGGCUCUCUGCAGGAGUAGCCGAGGUAAUAGUCUUAGUCGGGGGUCGCCAGAUGAUUGGCAUGAACCAACGUGCUUUAACAGCAGUCACUUGCUUAAAUCCUCAAAACAACAAGUGGUACCCACUGGCCAGCCUGCCCUUCUAUGACCGAGAGUUUUUCAGCGUGGUCAGCGCUGGAGACAACAUCUAUCUCUCAGGCGGCAUGGAGUCGGGUGUCACGCUGGCCGAUGUCUGGUGUUACAUGUCCUUGCUGGAUAACUGGAACCUCGUGUCCCGCAUGACAGUCCCAAGGUGUCGACAUAACAGUCUGGUGUACGAUGGCAAAAUUUACACCAUCGGAGGGGUUGGUGUGGCAGGCAACGUUGACCACGUGGAAAGGUACGACACCAUCACCAACCAGUGGGAGACCAUCGCCCCCCUGCCCAAGGCCGUGCACUCGGCCGCGGCCACCGUGUGCGGGGGCAAGAUCUACGUCUUUGGAGGGGUGAACGAGGCCGGGAGAGCCGCGGGGGUCCUGCAGUCCUACAUCCCCCAGACCAACUCGUGGAGUUUCAUUGAGUCCCCGAUGAUCGAUAACAAAUAUGCUCCUGCAGUCACUCUCAAUGGGUUCAUCUUUAUUCUUGGAGGAGCUUAUGCACGAGCAACCACCAUCUAUGACCCAGAGAAAGGCAAUAUUAAAGCAGGUCCCAACAUGAACCACUCCAGGCAGUUCUGCAGUGCUGUGGUUCUGGAUGGAAAAAUCUAUGCUACUGGUGGGAUUGUCAGCAGUGAAGGACCUGCCCUGGGAAACAUGGAAGCCUACGACCCUAAAACAAAUACAUGGACACUUCUACCAAAUAUGCCCUGCCCCGUUUUCCGACACGGCUGCGUAGCAAUCAAGAAGUACAUCCAGAGUGGCUGAUGUUCCCCAGGAGUUGGAUGGAGAACUGUUGGUACCUGCUGAAGGCAGGCAAGAGGAAUACUAUUACUUAAGGAACAGAAGCAGCAAAGCCAGCCAGUGAACAUAUUGCUCUAAAGUCUUGAAUAGUGUCUACAUUGAAUGUAGAAAAAUCAUCCUCACCUUUUGGUGAACAAGGAGCAGAGAGCUCCGUGCUAUGUAAGAUAUUGUAACUUAAUAAUGCAAGGGUGUCACUAGAUGUUAUAGUGGCACUUGUUCUGGACAUCGGCUUUUGGUCAACCCAGGUGCAAUAGAAUUUCUCAUAUUUUUUAAGCUGGGGAAGAGAGGAAAAAAAUAAUCUGCAUUUUACUUUAGAGCUCAAGCUUGAUUCUUGAAAUAACCAUGCAGAUUAGUUUUACUAUUACACUUUAGGCAUCAAUCUAUUUGAAAGGUCAAAGUGUCCUUACCACUUUGAUUCCUACAUUUGUUUCUAAUACAUGCUUUUCAAUACCAAUGACUGAGAGAGAUCUUGUGUGACAGAUGGCUUACAUUGAUGUCAGUCUUCCAUCAGAUCAAACAAAUAUUUCAGUUUUCUAGAGAGGAGCCCAAAAGCGGGAUGAGGUGGGGAUUGGGGAGAAGAAGAAUAGCCAAUGGUAAUAAAUUCCAUGUAAAAUGAUGAAAUCAAAAGGUCUGUUGGGCUGGAUGAGUUUCUGCUCCUGGUGAUUCUCAUGUGGGCACAUGGCUGUGCCCAUGCCAGGGCGUGGGGGGGGCUUCUAAAUCUUUUUCUCUGGGUUUCUGCUGAUUUACUCAGCAUUGCUCGAUUCCUGCCAUGCAAAAUGGAACCUGUUUGGAUUCCAGAGGCAUUCUCCUGAUAAACCCAUUCUUUACUUCUGGAAUCACAGUAAAACGCACAGUGUAGUGUGGGUUUGCCACCUGUUCAUCAGACACAGAAGAUGCCUCCUCUGGCUACGCACUCGGUUUUGGCUCUCAACCAAAAUUCCUUGCCUUGGGAUACUCGCCACUAUCUUUUAUGUAAAGUCUGAGAAGUUUUUUAUUUUACUUUAUUUUUCAAGUUCUAGGUGUGGAAGCCUUAUACUUCUUAUUUACAGAUUUUAAACACAUGAGUUUAAAGCCCAUGGUAGAAAAAUGCAUAGACUUAAGCCCAGUGUAAGAGACUUCAAAUUAUUACUAUGUAGAGUUGUAAGUAUAUGCACAGCACAGGGGUUAUAUUUUUAUAUAUAUUAAAAUAUUGUCUAUCCAGAGAGCAUUGUGAUGUGGAAAUUCUUUAUAAAUUUAUACAUAAAAGGAACAAAUGGGAGAUGGACCGGGUAACAUAGAGGGGGCAGGGGAAAGAAUCUUAAAAUUCACCAGUAGGAAGUAACCCCAAGCUAAGGAUUGUCUGGUUUCCUUCCAAGUGGAGGGGAAAAAGUUGCCAUACUUGCCUUUGCAGACUCAAAUCCCAAAUGCCAUAACAGUAAUUCAAGAAGGAGGGUCCUGUACAGGGUGUGGGUGAGAUCUUGCAUUCAAUAUCUAGUUGAAUUUCAUACCAAAUACAGUAGCCUUUUUAUAUGGAGGGAGGUCUGCCUACAGCUUUGGGGAAAUCAAUGCAGAUGGUUAGCUAAUCAUCUUAUUUUAUUAAUAUCAUUUAUAAAAUAAAAUUAAAAAAAAAAGAUAUUUGUAUCUUGCAGUAUUUAAAGAAAAUGUGCUCGAGUCAGCUGAGUCAAGCUAUAGGGUGACUCAAGCCUCUCAUUUUGACAGUGAGGUUCCAGCCUUUGUUAUGCAGUUGUUUUAUUUAUUCUUUAAAAAAAAGAAAAAUAAUAAGCACAACAAAAUUAUAUACUAGUAUGUCAUUUAAAGUAUUUAUGUCAAACAGGGUGCAAGUGUGAACCUAAAGAUUGGAGCACAAGUUUCUAACUGCCUGGGGCAGGACUAAUUUUAGUGUUGGUGUGUGUCUACCUCCAAAGGAGGUGCUACCUGUCAACAAGACUGAAACACAUUCGACAUUUCCAAUUUAGCUUAUUUCUUCAUUUCUCACACUGGAACAAAACUGGCUAUUUCUGUGAAUAAUAUUAAAAACAGGGUUAUCUGUAAUGGUAUUGUAUAUAGUUUAUGUUUACUGUUAAGUUCUUGUUAUAUUAUAAUAAAUAUAUUUAUAGAUCUAGA